AUGCAAAACCCUAACGAGAGAAACCCUAAUAGCCCUGGGAAUAAUUUCAUUCUGUAAUAUUCUCCAUCUUUCAUCGCCAUUUCAAAGUUGAAAGAACCCAACACAUUUUCAUGGCGUCCGAAAACCCGAAAUCAGAGACCGCGCUAGAGAAUUCAAAAGUAGAGGCAAUAACCAAAGCUGUAGAUUCUCUUCUGAAAUGGCACAAAUCACGAUCAGAAACCGAAAAACCCAAACUCUUCGAAGAAGAAGACUUCAUCUACCUCGUCUUAACCCUAAAGAAGAUUCCCACUAACGGCCGCGUUAACCCUCACAAGAUCCCCAUCCCUCACUCCCUCCUCUCGCCGUCAUCGGAGCAAUGUCUCAUCAUCGACGAUCGUGCCAACAAGCCCGCUCGACUCACCAAAGAUGAGGCUAAGAAGAAGAUUCAGUCUGAGUCCAUUCCUAUUUCCAAGAUUCUCAAGCUCUCGAAGCUCACCACGGAUUAUCGCCCGUUUGAGGCCAAGCGUAAGCUGUGUAAUUCGUAUGAUUUGUUUUUUGCUGAUAAGACUGUUGUGCCGUUGUUGCCGAGGUUGCUUGGGAAGCAGUUUUUUAAGAAGAGGAAGGUUCCGGUGCAGCUUGAUUUGAAGAAGAAGAACUGGAAGGAGCAGAUUGACAGGGCGUUAUCUUCGGCGCUGCUGUUUUUGAGGACUGGGACUUGUAGUGUUUUGAAGGUGGCCAAGAUGAGUAUGGAGAGGGAUGAGAUUGUGGAGAAUUUGGCUGCGGCGAUGGAGGGGGUUGUUGAGGUUUUUCCUAAGAAAUGGGGGGUUGUUAGGUCUUUUCAUGUUAAGUUGUUGGAGUCAGUUGCGUUGCCGGUUUAUCAGGUGGUGCCGGAUGUUAGGUUGAAGAUUGAGGGGGUUAAGGAUUUGGAGGCUGCGCUGGUGAAGGAUGAGAAGAAGGUUCGUGAUGGGAAGGAUGGGAAGAAGAGUAAGAAGGGGAGGAUUCAUGAGAUUGAGUAUAUGGAUGAUAGAAUGAGUGAGGAGGGUGAUGUUCGUAGUGAUGUUGAUGUUGCUGAUAUUGAUGUUGAUGAUGAUGCUGUUGGUGGUGGUGAUAAGGUAGAUGAUGAUCACGAGAACAGUGAGAUUGAGAGUGGAGGGAUUAGGAUUAAGAAGAGGAAGAAAGGAGUCAAAGGGAAGAAAGAGGUUUUGAGUGAGGCGGGAAGUGUGAAAUCGUUGAAGGGAUCUGCUAAGAGGAAGAAGAAAGAUGUGUUAGAGACUGUGAAUGUGAAUGGAAAUGCUGCAGAAGAAGUUUCCGUCAAGAAGGGCAAAGAUAAAUUGUUCACCGAGGACACUGGUUCGGACAAGAAGACAAAGAGAGCUGAUGUGAAGUUAGCCAAGGGUAGGAAAAGUAAGAAAGUUGUAUGAAGGUAGUAAAGGGUAGGAAAAGUAAGAAAGUUGUUUAUUGCUUGAUGUGGCUGUGUUGUAUUGCCUGAUGAGUUCUCUGGCAGAUUUUGAUUUUUGAAAAUUUUGGUAUUUAAUGGGUUUUAGUUUUGGUUAUAAUGUUGUUUACUGAUUCAAAUGUACUCUGUUUUAAGCUUUAGAUUUGUUCUCUAUAGGCAAAAUAUCAAAAUAUUGUUUAUCAUUUCAUAGUGAUAUAAGUUAUUUAGAUACCUAAUGUUAGGCAAAAUCAAAUUUUAUAUUUGUAUAAUGUGCCUUUUAUUUUAUGGCAACUAACAUUGGAGUGUGG